GUACACAUUUGAGCUCAGCUGCAUGAUGUUCUGACGUUUGGAACGCGAGUGUACUGCAUUUGAUUUUCUUCACAUCUGAAUAAUAGCUUUCGUUGCUGAGUGAUUUGAGCGUUAGGUAUUUUACAUUUAAGACGAGUGUCAUUUGAAUUUCAAGUGGUCUCGCAGUGCUCUCGUGUCAACGAAGUGCCCUGGAACAGAAUAAGGAGCAAUCACAGUUGCAUUCUCCGAGAGUUUUGCUAAUGGAAGUGGAGGCACACGUCGGUGUGUGUGAGGAAUUGAAUGAUUGUGUUACAGUUUGCACUAAUGGUGUUCCCACAGUGGUGUAGGAAAUUAAUUAGUUGAUUUGUGUUGCCAUUUUAACUUGGACGCAAAUCGUGUACAAUGGCACAGCUAGUCGACGUGUUCCGUGUAGAGAAACAGCAGCCCCUUGGCAGGAGGCAACUUCCUUUAAUGGUCGAUGAAAAUCUCACGAUGGUGAUGGAUUUAAGUAGCAUGGGGCUUAUUUGUGAUAGUCCUCUGAUUCGGGGAAAAGAGUUAGAGGAAUUUAAUAAAAAAUUUAAUGUGUUAACUAUUCCUGAAGCUAAAGAAGCUUUAGAAGUGACAUGCAAGGAUUUGCUGGGCAUUAUUAGUCAAACCGUACCCUGUGUUGGCUGUAGGAGAAGUGUUGAAAGGCUGUUUUACCAGUUAAUUGAAUCUGGUCAUAAAGCUUUGGACCCUCUUGUGUUUACAUCUGAUGGAAUAUUGACUGUCAGAAAUGAUCAGUUAUCUUCUCAGAUACUUUGCACAAUGUUUCAUGGGCACAGAACUAGGUUGAGCAAUCUUGUUGAAAGUCAAACUCGAUCAAAAAAGAGUCAUCGAUGUAACCUUCAUUCAUUGGACUCUCAUCGGUCACCACGACCAAUGACAUCUGUAUGGAGAGAUGUGUGGGAGUGUAUGAAAAUUCAAUGUAAAGAAGAAGUUGUAUUAAUUGAAUCAUCAACUUUGUUGGUAACAUUAGAGAAUUAUCUUCGUAAACAUAGGUUUUGUGCUGAAUGCCGUACAAAAGUUCUCAGAGCGUAUGCUCUUUUGAUAGAAGAACCAGAUCCUUGCAGAGAAAAGGGAUAUGUUCCUGCAUUGUAUGCAGGUAUCAAACGGUGUUUACCAGAAAAACACAUCCACUUACAAACAAAAACAGAUUAUAUUGGCGGGCUUAUUACAAGGGCUGAUUUAGAGCUCAUGGGGAGUCGGAGAGAGAGGCAUGCUAAGACAUUAGAAAUUGCUCAAGAAGAAGUAUUGACAUGCUUAGGUUUAUGUGUGUAUGAAAGAUUAUAUCGAAUUCACUUGCGUAUGCGAGAAGAAGAGUGUACAUGUCAGGUUUUGGCAGCUGUGGCUAUUGAAGCACUUUGCCGGAACUUUGAGAUGGCAGUAGAAGGUAAACAAGGAAUGUCUCAGUUAGAACUAUUAUUUGAACAAAUUGCCAAGGAAGAGCUAGCCAAAGCUCAACGGAAAGAACAUAAGAAACAGAAAAGGAAGAAGAAGAAAGAGAAGAGGGCAGAACAAGAUGAGAAAGAAAAUACAUGUGAGUGUGAAUCUGAGGAACCUGAGGACACUGUAAAUGAAGAAACCUUUAGUUCCUGCACAUGUUCAGAAGCCAAACCUGCUACUCAAAACUCAGAUCGACGAAAAUUGCAAGUUUUAGAACAUAAAGGUAAGAGCUCAUCAGCGUGUAGUUGUAAGGAUUGUCAACGAAAGAAGAAAGACAAGGUUUCUGUGGAAAAUGGUAGCAACAGUAGCUGCAAUCACCCAUCGAAAUCAGUUGCAUGCCAAAAGUCACAAUUGCAACGUGGUAGGAAUGUCACAAAUGGCCAUUGUUCUUCAGAAGACCUACCUUCACCUGCAAGAAAGACUGCAAUUCACAGUUCAGUGACUGUAGUGAGAAAUCCUACAACAUCUUGUGCAAAUUUAUCUCCAGAAAACGUUUCUCUGUCACCUUGUCAGUCAUGCAAAAAUGCGCAAGACUCAAUGGAUGAACAUCAUGCCCGUGUGUCUGAUACUCAAACACCUGUACUUCCGGCUGCAUGGUCCUCCAGUGAUCAUUCUCAAGAUUGUGGUUAUGCAUCAGAAAAUAAUAAUGGCUGUUGUGAUACUGCAUCUGUUUCUUCAAGCCUUCGCAGUUCACCUGAUGGAUCUGACAUUGCUUGUUCAGAUGGGUUUUGUAAUCAUGAAGAUUGCCAAGGAGAAAGAAGUGAAAUACAAGAAUGCAGUAGAACAGUUAACAGUGGUAGGAUGGAAGAAAGCCAUAACCAUGAAAAUAGAUAUCCAGUUCUGACCCUGGAGCAAAUGUUGGAGGGUGGUUAUUCAUCCGAUGAAGACCGCGAAGAAAGUUACAUACCUGCUGAAGAAGUUCAAGAAUUCAAGGCUAGAAUGUGCAAUGUGAAGGAACAGAGGCAAGAAUUACGUCAGAUGUUAAGAAAGCGAUUUGAUCAGCUUUGUGUUAAAGCCCCGCAGUUUAUUUCUCCUCGACCAGCUCAUUGUGCCUCGAACUAGGCCAGCCGCCUGUUGGCUCUAGUCCUGAAAGUGAUGUGAUUGUUCUGAAUGCAGAUGAAAACUUAUACAGUACAGGGAAAUUCUGGGUGAGAAAGUGCACAUUUUCUAAUUUUAAUUGCGUAGUUUGGGAUUGUUUGUUGUUGCAUUUGCUUUUUUGUAUGUUUCAAUCCUGCUGUUAAUUUAUGUCAAUGGACUGAAUCCUGUUCAAAGGUGAGACUCUCAACCAAAUGGACUGCUCAUUCCCUUUUCCUUCUUUACAUUCCUCUGUUGUUGAUAGCCAACACUGUACUGAGUCUCUAUUUUCAUAAAAACAAAUAAGUGGUUAGUAAUAUUCUGAUGAAAGUAUUAUUUCUAAUGUUUUUCUUCAUUUUGUGGUUGUUGCAAUGUUUGCAAUCUGUUUAUCAGAAUUGUUAGAAGCUGUCUUCCCAUUACCAUUACAUGUACUAGAGUUGCAAUGUCUCAUGAAAACAGCAAGCAAGAGCUCAGACGAUUUUAAAUCACUAUCAAAGUAACUAAAAUGAAUUUUAUAUUACAUUUUCCACUUCAAGAAACAGAGUGAAAUACUGGUUAUUAGUAUUGUGUGAUAAUUCCAGAAGCAUGCUGUAUUUUCAUUUCUUGCCACAAAUUUUAGUGGUUUUACAUAUCAUGUAAAUUCUGGCAGUGUUGAUGUGCAUUCCAUGUUAUUUCAUCUUCAAUGUGAUGUUCUAUGUGGUUAUAUAGUGUUGAUCAUUGUCUUAUUAGGAAUUGUAAAUCAUUGCAAAAAUUCCCCUCUCGUAAUGUAAUUUUCUGCUUGCUUCUGGAAAGAAUUUGUCUCAAUACUUAAUGACUGUAUUACUUAUGUGCCUUGCACCUGACGGCAAGUCACCUUACACUUGAAUCAUUCUAUGUUUCCUAUGUGAGAAAAUGAAUCAUGUACAAUAUUGAUAUAAUAAUGUAUUAUAAAAUAAAAAAAAAUAUUUUGCUAGCUGGGUAUUCUCAAAUACUUGUGAAGCUGCUUUAAGAUUCUGUGGUAUUUGUUCCAAGAGAUUGAUUAGAGGCAAAUGUUACCCAAAACACAACUUGUUGAAUUGAAUAAUAUAAUUUCUAUGCUUUAAGAAGCUUGUUGCGUUUUCUUCUUUUGAACUAUGACAGGCCAAUAUAAUCGAUGAAAGAAAUGUGUGAUAGGUAUAAAGUUAACACCAAAUGUAAUGAUGUUAUUCUGCAUUCCAAGAUGAAUGUUGAUGUUGCUGAUGUAGAGAUUUAUUGGUAGUUUGAAAACACAUAUUUGCAGUUCUGAUAAGAACUGGUUAUGGGAAAGACCUACCCAUGAACAAAACAGUAGGACGUUUGUAUAACGCAGUUAUAAUGUUAAUGCUGUCUGUUGUCAGUUUUAAGUAAAUUGCAUGCUGACAAAUGUGCUGCUUUCUGGUGUCGUAAAUACAAAGACUUGUGAUGAUUCAUGACACUGCUUAUUACCUGUUACUAUAUUCCAAGAAAAAGUGAGCACAAAACAGCGUUAUAGUGGUGUCCUAUUGUGCAAGGUGCUUACAUAAUUUAAAAACUACUGUUGGGUUCUGUUUCUACAUGUAUGGGUUUUUGCAAACAGGUUGCAAAUGUCAAACCAAAGUGAUUCAGUAAACACAGGUGAUGGAUAUACUGACUUUGUACAAGUAUUUUAAGAAAUGUACCCAUUCCAGAAAUGUAUGUCAAAAAUACCCGAGAAAAAUUUAUUACUAAUAUAAAACAGCGGAGAUUCCUUAAAGACAUUCUUACUGUAUACUGUAUUCAGUUGUAAACUUGUGUUAAAUGGUGAUGUUAUACUCCUGAAUGAAAUGAAGUAAAAGACUAUUACAGCAAAAUAUGUGGGAGUUGUAAAACUUUUAUUCCCUUUCUAAGACUCUAUGUACUGAGAUAUACAAAGAGAGGCAUUAGUGCCCCCAAAACCAAAAGCGUUCUUAACUGCAAUUCUUGGUGAAGUUUGAAUCCACUUAGAAGGUUUUUUUAUUACAAAAUUCAACUUCAAAUCUUUUGCAGGUUUGUCCAAAUUAAUAGUUGGUGGCAUUACACCAGUUUCACAAGCCAGAACAGUAAACACAGUUUCCAAAUUUCCUGCAGCACCAAGAAGAUGGCCAUGAGCUCCUUUAGUAGAAGACACAUACAGGUUCGAUUUCGAACCAAAUACUGUUUCAAUUGCUUUACACUCUAUUACAUCACCAAUAGGUGUGGAUGUGGCAUGAGCAUUUAUGUAGCCAAUUUCUUCUGGUUUCACGUGGGCAUCUUCAAGAGCCCGUGACAUUGCAAGCAUGGCUCCUGUACCAUCUUCUCUUGGUGCUGUCAAAUGUGAUGCAUCUCCUGAGAGUCCAUAUCCGAGAAUUUCUGCAUGUACUUUAACUCCCCUUUUUAAAGCAUGAGAGAGUUCUUCCAUAACGAGAAUUGCAGCACCUUCUCCCAUGACAAAUCCAUCUCGCCCUUCAUCAAAUGGUCGUGAUGACUCCUUAGGCCUCUCAUUAAAUUUCGUAGACAAAGCUCGCAAUCGACAAAAUGCAGCAAUUGACAAUGGGGAAAUACAUGCUUCUGCUCCACCACAUACCAUUACAUCAGCAUCUCCAUGCUGUAUAAAUCUAAAGGCAUCACCAAUUGCAUGAGCACCUGUAGCGCAAGCAGUUGAAACUGCAUGAUUAGGUCCACAGAAUCCAUAUUUAAUGCUUAUUUGACCAGCAGCCAUGUUAGGUAAUAUUCGGGGAACAAAAUAAGGGCUAACCCGGUUAUAGCUUUGUUUUAGGGCAUCAUAAGUUUCACAUACAUCUGUUAAAUCAAUCAUGCCAACUCCUACAGCCACACCUGUCCUUUGCUUAUUAAAUUCACUAUCAGGAAACCAAGAGGCAUCACUCAAGGCUUCCUGAGCAGCUGUCAGGGCAUACAUGGUUGCAGGAGACAUUGUUCGUAGAUCACUUUUUGAAAAAAUAUUUUGGUCAAAUUGUCCAUUCUUUGAACCUCGAGGUACAACUGCAGCGAUUUGACAUGGAAGUUUACUAUAUUUUUCAGAAGGCAAUUUAUCAAUUCCACAACCGCCUUCUAACAAGUUUUUCCAGGCAUGGUGAACUCCACAACCCAAAGGUGAUACCACUCCCAAACCAGUAAUGACAACACGUCUACGUUUUACUGACGAGAAUGAUCUCGCACCUACAGGCAGAGGCCGAUGUUCGCGUCUGCAUAUUACCAUUUCAUCAUCGGGUAGAAGUGGCAGUCUUUUACAAAAAACUUGGAAAGAGGGUACGUCAAUUACAGCAGAAGUGUAUUUUGCCAAAUUCUUCAUGACGUUUAUAUUAACCUAAAAAUAUAGAAACGUUCAAGAUCACUUGGAGAAACCAACUAAAAGUGUUCAGAAUCGUUCACGGCGGGUGUGGGGUGAAGGUUGAAGCUGGAUGAAGGAAGGAAAGAAUGAAGGGUGUUUUGUAGCAAGGACUGUGUUGUGUUUUUUAAUGUAAUAUUGGUGUUACGUUAAGGAUUUAACGUAGAUAGCUCAGUGGAAUGGACUCUUGCAGAAAUGCUAUAGGCGAUAUAGCAACCUAAGUGAAUUGCGGGUCUCAAUCGGGUGCAGAAAAAUGAAACUACUGGGCACUUUACUUCUUAAAACUUCUUUAUUUCAAGUUCCUUCUGCCGUCAAUUUAUGUCGAAGCCUGUGUACUCAAGUGCCAACACCUGUGUAUACUAAGGAAGGGGAUGAUGGAAUUACUGAAACUUGUAAAGGAGAUCGCAGGCCAAAAGAUGACAAUAUCUUCGAUGCUGUUGGAGCUACUGACGAAUUAUCUUCGUAUAUCGGAUUGGCGAGAGAAUUUGCUAUAGAUAAUCAGCAUGUGUACACAGAUAAAUUAAAUCGGAUUCAAUGCAUUUUGGUUGACAUAAGUUCUGCAAUUCUGAAGUCCCCUAAACAAGGACAGAGAAUGCUGCUUUCAGAACAACAUACCAAAGAUCUUGAAGAAUGGAUAGAAGAGUAUUCCAGUCAACUGCCUCCACUUGAAAAUUAUGUUAUUCCAGGUGGUGGAAAAGCAUGUGCUUCUCUUCAUGUUGCAAGAACGAUAUGCAGACGUGCGGAACGAUGUGUUGUUCCUCUUGUUCGACAAGGAAAUCUUGACAAAGAAGCACAAAUUUAUUUAAAUAGGUUGGGUGACUUUCUGCUGACAAUAUCAAGAGUAGCUGCGAGAUUCGAUAAAAGAGAUGAAUCUAUCUACAUACCUCAACCGGAAGUGUCUCAGGAAAUGAAACCAACGUAAAGUGAUAAUUGCAAUGAAAUCCCUGUUAGCAUUGUAGUGUAUGUUUCAGACCAUUUUAAUGUUGGUUGGGAUAAGUGUCAUUUAACUCUGAAGUUUUUCAGAUAUUGUUGUAUGGUUCUAGUCAUAUAUGUACUUAAAUGAAUCAGCAGUACUAGAGUGAUACAUUUAGUGUUCAUUAAUAUGUGACCAGGUUUAUGGCUGCUCCUUCAACAAAUGUGCAAUACUCAUUUUAAUUUACAGUUGUAAAUAUUGCAGGAAAGUAGAUUAUAAAAAUUGUUAGUAAUGUUCAAAAAAAUUUAUUAAUACAUAUAUGUACAUGUUACAACAUUUCUUCUCCUUCUGUAACUUCUUUUACAUUUAAAAGCUCAAGGAGUCCAUGACCCUUGGUUUCACUCCUGACUAUUUCAUCAACUUCCCUAUAGUGACCUGGAUCGAUUAAGCAGAUCAUGCUGAGUUCUCCACUGUUCCAUUCCUCUGAUUCAACUGUUCCAGCCAAUUUAGCAAUCUUCUCUCGUAACUUCCGCGCUUCUUUACCAGAGAGCAUUAUCUUCAAACGCAUUUGAGCUCUUUCCAGAGGCAUAACUGUUUUCAGCAUCGGAAUAACAUCGAGAGCCUAGACCAGAAAAAAAUAUUAAGUUCAAAUGAAACUAUAACGUUGCCACAUAACAUACAGAUUGAAUCGAUUUUGGAGUACGACGAAGCUUCAGUGUCCUUCAAGAGAAAAGGUAGAUGUGGCUGCAUUUUUAUUUCUAAUGACAUUGAUUCCUACCAGUACAAAAGUAACUGGCACCACCUAGCAUUUCCAAAGCCUCAAUGGCUACAGUUUUCAAUGUUUGGGAGUAUAAUUUAAAUUAAUGAAUUGCUGAAAUGUACUUUACCUUAUCUUAAAUCCAUGUGCAUAUUGUGGAUUUAACUAAAGUUAUGCAGAGGUACACAGCUUAUUAAUUAAACACUUUUCUUAAACUACAGGCUUGGUUGUUAUGAAUCUCACCUGUCACCUUAGUUCACAAUUAACAUUGCAUUAUUUGCCAAUUAUUAGCAUAUGAACUAAACAUCAUUAAUGCAAUUUUAUGUUGAAGAUACUCACUUGUUGUUUGGCAUUUCUGUUAGGUUUUACUGAGAAGUGUACAUCUUUCAUGGCCUUUUCUAUCAUGGACACUGGAUAUGGUCGCUUUGUAUCAGGAUUGACACACUUAUCUGACAACAAUAAAUUCAUUUAAUUUUGAUGCUGCUGUCUUAAAUCUAUAAAGUUUGUAAACAUUAUUUCAUUAAAAUCACUAUGUGGUAAAACAGACCACCGCAAUACGGUUAAAAAUGUUUCUUUUCAAAUCACUACAGUAAUUAUUAGUACAGUACAUAAUCACAAAGCAAGUUGAAAAUAAUUAAGAGCAAAUAUUGUACAUAACACUAACUUUCAAUUCAUUGCAUUGCAGAUAUACAAAUAAAAAAUGUAAGACGUAUGGCACUCUAUGCUUUAGACACUUAUUUAAUUAGGCACAAAUUGGCUUAUUUCUUUUAAAUCAAAUAGAGUAAAUUGUUACAAUAAGAGAGCACCUAUGCUAGUACAUAAAUGUUAAGUUUCUUCACAAACGAGAUAAGAAAGAUCGAAAUAUCAUGUAAUCUAAUUAAUACUGCAUCGAUUCAACUUCAUGAUUUUGAAUCUAAUUGUUAAUUUAUAGUAUAUAUUUUAUCCCGAACGUCAUCCUAAAUCUAUCUUAGUCUUGAUAUCUUGUUUUAUUUCAAUUUAAUACAUUUUUGUUUUCACAUCACAAAUAAAAAUUUUUCUGGUAGCCAAACAUACCUGAAACUGUGGUAGCAAUAUCUUUGUACAGAGCUUCUAAAUGGGAUUGCCUUUCUUUAUCUGACACUUGCAAUUCACCUUUAGAAAGAAUUUCUUUACAUACUUCAGUUUGGUCAUCCUUUCCAAAAGCUUUAACUAUGUCCUCCUUUUUAGCAACUUGUCCUUUUGAUACAUUGGCAAAAACUGUAUGGGUCUGAAGAACUUCAUCAAUAUCCUUCUCGCUGAAAUACAAACACCCCUAUUAUAACAAACGCUGCAGUAUCGGAUGUACGCUUCUAGUUCGAAAAAACUCACACUCCAUUUCUCCAUGAUACUACUUUAUUCCUGUAACAAGCAAUUUCGAAACGUUUGCCACCUUUCUUCAUUCUAACUACAGCAACAUUUGUGAGACGGAUUUGAUUUGUGGGUGUAAAUAUUUUCGACAUCUUGCACUAUUGCACCACACUUCCUUCCAGUUCAUAAAUGUCUCCAAUGCCUCUUCGGGAUCUGCUAGAAUGUGUUCGAAUACGUUGUAC